UGUAUGUAGAUACAGUACAUUUUGUGUGAUUAUUUGUCUUUAAUCACACGCGAGUUUCAUUAGGUACGUUCGAUAGGAAUAAUGAUUUCAGAUAUAUAUUAUGGAGAGAUUAGCAGUAAUUAAUUAGAAAAUCAUGAAAGAAAAACAUGGCUGAGCAUGGCAAUGACCUUUACGAACAACAACUUUUUGCUGUAUUUGAAAGCUGUUUGACAAAAGGAGAGGUUGAACUUAGUGAGAAUGAUUUGUUUUCCAUUUGCAAUAAAUUACACCUUGAUGAAUUGAUUGAGGAAUUGAAAUUGUGCAUUUGCAAACAUCAUCCAAAUAAACAAACAAUAUCCUUUCAAGAAUUCCGAGAUGGUUUAUUACUCUUGUUGAAAAAAUUCCAAGGUUCAAUAACUGAUAAACAGCAUAUUGUACAACCAUAUCAUAAUUUAAAUAUAUGCAAUCAAGAUAUCGAGAAAAAUCAAACUUUACCAUUGGUUACAAGUACUUUGAGGGUUUAUCUUCAAGAUAUGAAAGCUAAUGUUACAAUGGACGAGAGCAGAUUGAUACGCUUAUGGGAGAAAGUUAAGGUUUAUUUAAGUGGAAAUGCAGAACCUGCAACGAUACAGUUUAUAUCGAGUUGUUUAGAAAUUCCAGAACUCCCUAAACAAAUAACAGAAUCCAUCUUUGAAAGUCUCGAUCGCAAUUGUGAUGGAUUGAUAAGUUUUGAUGAAUUUGUAAUUAUAUUUCAAAAGAGAAAAAAUAUUAAGACUUUACGAGAGGAUACCGCAUCUCAUAGCAGUAUUGUAAACUAUGAUGUAAAUACAUUAGAUUUUAAUACAUGUGAAAUUGAUUCAACGCAAACUAACAGAGAUUUGGAUAAGGAGGAAAAAGUUGCUGGUGUUUCUGAUAUAACUAUGCUAUCAUCCAGUGGAGAUCUUGAUGCUUUGGAUGUGAGUCUUGCAGAAAUAACAAAUAUCAUAUGCCAUGAACUCAAGAGUUUAAAUGAAUCAUUAGAUAGUAAUGCCAUUCAGACUCAUAUUAGUUUGUUACGAGAAAUGAUGAUUACCCAUCAGGAUGAGCAACGCAAUUUAACUGCUAUAAUAGACAACAUGAAGGUGGAAAGAGAGAAAAUGCGGAUUGACAUGCUAGAGGCCAAUGAACGGGCGAAUUUAUUAGCACAAGAGAUUGAUGAGUAUCAUGUUCAAUUAGAAAAAACAAAAAAAGAUUUACAGAGACAGAGCGAACAACGUUAUGCUGAAAUCACGAAAGAAUUAUCAGAUCAACUGAAUAUCGAACGGGAGAUGGAUGCCGCGGCUCUAAAAUCAAAGGAUGAUCAGUUACAGGCACUACAAAAGGAUAAUCAUGAUAUGAAAAAUAAAAUCGUACAUAUUUUGCAAGAGAAUCAAAUGCUCGAAGCAGAAAAUAAAACUCUUCUUAGCCAGAUUGAAAAGUUGCGGCAAUCUAAUAAUGAUUUGUUAACUCAAAUAAAAGUGUUAGAUGCGGAGCAGGAUGAGAUACAAAGCAUUGAAGCCAAGCAACAGGAACAAGUUAAUUUUUUUGUUGAUCGUAUUAAACAGUUACAGUCAGAAGUGACGCUCUUGCGAGAUCAAAACGAUGAACUUUGUGCAGAAUUGGAAAAUUCGAAAUGUUGUGGCAAAGAUACGACAUAUAAGACACCAUCGUCUUUGGCAUAUGAUUUACAAUUAGAUGAGAAUCAAGAUGAAAAUCAUAUAACACAAGAGUUUGAAGUGGAUCGGCAGAUCAGUGGUAAAGCAUCAUGUGACUUUGAAAUAUCAAUGGACGAAGGUCAGACUGAUAUGUCCAAUUCCGAUACAAUGGAAUACAAAAGAGAUAUAAUCAUAAAAGAUUUGGAAAAUAUAUUAUCAACAAGUGCAAAAUGCCUACCAGAAAAAUGUUCUUUGAAAGCUAGUGUGUCGAAAUUGCUUACUUGCCUGCGAUCGGAUUUUGCACUACGUUGUCCCGCACAAGACUUCGGGAAAAGUAUAGCAUCUGAGCUUGAAAUGGAAUGUGAGGAACGAGCUAACGAGUCUUUGCGAGAUUUAGUCGUUUCGAAAAUACCAAAGCAACCUUCUGCAAAACGUACUACGAUGUCAAAUAGUGCAGAAGAUUUGAAUAAUUUCACUGGUCAAGAUGCAAAAAAUGUAACACAAAAUAAGGCAAUGAGUCUUAGAGAUUACCCACCGCGAAAAGAAGAAUAUUCUAUGGAUCAAUGCAAAGCCAGCAAGGAGAAAAAUAAUUCUCCGAACGUUACUGAAGUCGAAAGUAUUCCAAGAAUUGUAGCAACAAACACAGAAUCAUUAGAGAUAGAGAAGAAACAAUUGAUCGAACGUUGUCAAGAACUUGAACGAAGUUUAGAUUUAUUAAAAACGGAAUACGAAGAAUGUGAAGAUUAUUGGGCUGCCAAAUUAGAAGAAGAAAGACAGCUUUUUGAACAAGAACAAAAAAUAAGUGACGACAAACUUGCCGAGCUUAUUAAUAAAAUAACAGAAUAUGAAGAAUUAAUUAGUCCUUCGGAUAAAUCAAAAAAUAAUGGACGAUUGUCUCCCAUAGAAGAAAAGUUUAAUUUGGAGCAACAGUAUGUAGAUCUCGAAGAAGAAUUUGAGAAAUGGAAAAUAAAAACCGAAAAUGACAUUUCUCAGAAGAAUCUAGAAAUUGGAGACCUCCGUGAAAAGUUAAGACUGAUAGAACAACCAAUUACAAAUGAUUCCUAUGUACAAGUACCAGACGAAAUUUCUUUAGCAACAUUGUCAGAUUCGUCGCACUGUAAAUCUUCCAGUAUGUCCAGUAUUCUAUCAACGAACGAAAUAUUCGCGAAUACGGAUUUAUAUGGCACAAACAAUCAAGCAUGUCAUACUUCAGCAGAAUUUCCAUUAUCCAAUAAUCUUAACAAAUUGUUGAAACAAGAGGAUCACAUAGACGGUCAUAAUCUUUGUAAUACACAUAUAUAUACCGACUGCUCUAUGAAAGUAACAAGUAAAGGUAUAAGUAAAGAUCAAAAGAUAUAUCAUAAUAGUCCACAUAUUGCUGAUAAAAGUAUGUUGGCAAUGAAAGAGGAAGAUAAGUGCGAUUCAGAAUUUAAAUUGAUACAUAAUGCAAUGAAAGAAGCUAGCUGCACGUGUUCCGAGAAUAAUGUUCAACAGCAAGUAGAUUGCAUCGAUCUAAAUAUUUUUCAGAACUUAAAAAUGAAACUUUACGCACAAGAACGCAAGAAACGUCAUCUGCAGCGUUAUAUUAAACAGCAGCGGCAGUAUAUUGAAAGAUUAUUACAACGUAUUAUGGUGCAGCACCAGACGGAAGUAUGUGAGUUACAGUGCCUUCUCCGUAAUACCCAAGAAAGACUUCACAUACAAGUUCAAACAACUGUUGAUCAGGCUGAUAAAUUAGCAAGUGCUGACAUUUUGGUGAAGGAUUUGUACAUAGAAAAUGCAUAUCUAACAUCACACAUGAAGCGCUUGCAAGAACGAUGUCUUAUAUUAACAGGCCUUGAUGUAGAAUCGACCUCAAUUAUAACCUUGAAAUUAUGUGAUUUUGACAGUAUGGAAAGUAACAAUAACAGCAAUAUAAAAAGAGCAUUGCGCAUAAUGUAUAGAGCACAAGUAUACACAUAUACACAAGAUAUGAUGAAUCCUGAGACAGUAGCAAUGGGCGAGAAUUUAUUCAAGCUACAGUGUUUAAUUAAAACUACCGAGAUACAGCAUAGUGUGCAGUGCAAACUUGAAAGAAAAUUAUUUUUUGCAUUAGCAACCAACAAUGCUGAAAUUAUUCUUUAUUAUAAAAGGGAAUCUUCUUGCCUACCUGUUGUUAAAAAAAUACCGUGGUUUCAAGGGCUACAUAAACAGAUAGCUGCUUUUUGCUUUGAUUCAAGUGGUACUUGGUUAUUGUGUAUAACUUUAGAUGGUUCGUUGUACGUAUUACCUGCUUUAACUUUAGUUGGUGAAAAUUGCGUCAUUGAUAAAAAAUGGAAGACUGACGAUGCAACAUAUAUAUCCUUUGUAAAUUCACAAAUUUCUCAUUUCAGACCAAUAGCUAUUACAUGGUGGAGGAAUACAAAAAUAUCUGAGGACAUAGGUGUUAUAGGAACGGAAUGUGGAGCAAUUAUAUUUAUAAAUCUUUCAAAUGGACAACAACUAGGCAUAACAUACAUUAAUGAAAGUAUAAGCAGUCUACAUAUUUGUGAAAAUGAAUACAAUGAGAUUGUAUCUCUUUUGAUAACAAGUAAAUUUCAACAGCAGUGGCGUUUAUCUUUGGAACAUAUGUCUUUUAAUCUUUUAUACAAUGUUGAAAACGAAAAACCUUAUAACGAACUAAAUUUAAGUGGUGCUAGUCAUAAUGUGGAAGAUUCCGUUCCUAAUAAAUCUAAAUUAAAAGAGCUUAAACAACUCUCUGUUGAAAAAUUGGCUACUCUUAAACAGAAGAUAAUUGAUACUAAAAAUCAAACAUUAAAGGAGAGUUUACAAUGUCAUGAUGCUGCAAGUAUCAAAGAAAAUGAUAAUGGAAUUCCUGUUAAUUCGGAAAUAUCACAAUGCAAAUUAGGUUUUGUUAGUCCAGAACCAAUAUCAAAAGAUACUUUUCUAUCUUUGCAAUAUGACAGAGAAAAUCGACAAUUGUAUACAUGCUAUCAUCCUGUCACUAAUUACAUCACAGUACAUGGUCCAAACCUAACUGUGGUACCUUUGUCAAUGCACAAAGUGUUUAAGUCAUGCGAAACUGUUUUAUUAGCACAUAGAUUUUUUUUUAUUACCGAUAUUAAUCAACAUGUAAUAUAUAUAAUAUCUGAUCAAUUGUCCGAGACUCAUGUAAACAAAGACUAUCAGUUUAAUCCCGAGUCCAUCAUCGGAACAUUUUCUUUUAAAAAUAGUAAGGAAGUAAUACGCGCGGUAUACAAAGUAACACAAUUCAGUAAUAUAGUACCGAGAAAAGUUUGUGAGGAAAUCGAAAAUAAAUGUACCUUACCAAAGAAUGUGAAAGAUAUUAAGGUCGAACCGUUUAGUUUGGAUACAUGUAUAAUUGUGACAAACCGCUGUGUAUAUGAAGUUGUAUUAAGAAAAUCUCUUCUGUCGCUCUUUAUGGAAUUAGUAUUGAAGAGAAACGAGUUGCAAGAAGCAGGAAAAUUAGCAAUGAUUUUUGGAUGGAAUGGACAACAUCUGCUGGAAUAUGUUGGCGAUUUAUUCCUAUCAAAUAAAGAAUUCUCACGUGCAGUAGCUUCAUAUAAAAUGUCUAAGUGUAAAUUAUUGAAGAGCGUAUUAAAGUUUGCAUCAGUAGGCCAUACAUCAGAAUUACUGAGUUGUCUAACUCAUUGUUUACUUACACCUCUUAUUACUGAAAUGCCUAUUGCAACAAGGAUACAUUUAUCUAAUUUAUGUGUACUUUCUUUUAUUGAAAUGACAUUAAGGAUUUGGUCGGAACAAUCUAAAGCAAUUUAUAAAGAAUUCUUAUACUUUUUGUCUACAAAUACAUUUUACGACGAAUUAUUAGCUAUUAAUAUAGCUGGUCAAACUUAUCUUUGGGAGGUAUUACACCACUUGGCUACACAAAGGAGUUUGUACAGUCAAAUGUUGGACAUUCUCAUAAAGGCGAUACAAAUAUUUGGCACAAACGACAUUCACUCAAAGUCAUAUGGUUUACUCAUAUGUUUGAGUGAAUCUGAUUUAAUGCAAUCAAUGUUAUUGAAUUAUGAUUUAGCUAGAUCUCACAUAUUAUUUGUACGCAAUAAUCUGCGAGAUUCUCACAUUUUUGUACUUCAGAGAUUAGUAACGUUGUACGAUCCAACCAAUCCAGUAUUACGGCCUAGAUUAAUACAAUGUAAAGCACGUCAUAAAAUGGUAUCAUACGAUUUACAAUCUAAUCAAUGUGAUUCUAUAGAUAAUAUUGAUUCUACGGAUAAUAUUGAUCAGUCUGAUACUCUCGUAGAAGAGAUAAUAGAAACGUUUAUACUAGUAUUGUUGACUCUUAUUCAUAAGAAACGAUUAUUAAAUCCUAAUUCCAAAUUCACUUUUUUGUAUGACGUACAAUUGCCGGAGUUCAGCAAGGAAUUCUCGGAAAUGACUAUGCAUGAUUUUAAGAGAAGAUCGUUAAGUACUGGAUUUUCUCAUGUUGCACUUGUUAGAAAUGGUAAUAUCUAUACUUGGGGAAGUUCAGUGCAAGGUUGUUUAGGUACUGGCUCUAGCGUUUUGCGAUAUGGGACACCUCAUGCCAUAUGCUUCUUCAAAAGUAUGAAGAUUGAAGUUUUUAGUGUAUCAUGUGGGCAUUGCCAUACUCUGGCAGUUACUAACAAUGGAAUCUAUGCUUGGGGAGCUAGUCAAUUUGGUCAGUUAGGACUUGGCAAGGUGUUGCAAUGUUCAAGUCCGGAAUUAGUUACUUCAUUGGCGCAAGAAAUUAUUGUUGAUGCAAUAGCUGGACAGUAUCAUUCUGUAGCACUAACUGCAGAUGGUAGAAUAUUCACGUGGGGUUGGGGUGUUCACGGCCAACUGGGCCACGGCAAUACCGACGAAAAAGCUACACCAUCUUUGGUCAAAGCUCUGCUUGGCGUAGUCGUAUGUUGUAUCAGCGCUGGAUAUGCACACACUUUGGCACUAUCAAUAGAUGGUGUUGUAUAUGCUUUCGGAUGUAAUAUUCUUGGUCAAUUAGGAACAGGUGAUAAUACCAAAAGUUCUGUCCCGAUAAAAGUAUCGUUACCCGAUAGGAUAUCGCUUAUAAGUACUGGAUACUUUCAUAAUCUAGCUGUCAGUAAUACGAACAAAUUAUAUAUAUGGGGUGCGAGUCCUCAAGUUCUCAGAUUGCAAGCACAAGCGCAAAAGAAGACUCGUAUAUCGGAGCAACAAGAUGCUAAUGAGAAAAGGAAUAAGGCUCUGGGAGAAUUGGAAAAAAUAUCAAGUGAUGCUACAAAUCUAAACGGAAAAAUAAAAGAAGAAUUUUUGAAUAAGAAAGAUGGUGUACAAACUAAGUCUUCUCACACGGAAACUUCUGAUAUAGAAACGCAAAAGAAAUUCGAGACUAAAAACGCACAUUUGAAAGACUUCAACUUUGAUUUGAUCGAGGAGAGUCAAACACAUUUAAAACCAUGUGUUGUUGACACAAGUUUGGUGAAAGGUCAAAUUAAUCAGAUAUCAGUUGGCUGUCACCAUAAUGCAUUAAUAACGAAAGAUGGCUCUUUAUAUACAUGGGGCCGUAAUCUGGAUGGUCAAAUAGGUAACGGCACGCGACGAGAAGUAUUAAUUCCGACGCCUUUGUAUUAUAAUUCAGCCUGUAUUUUUGCACAAAUACCUCCUAGACACAAUGAUUUUAAAAGAAUACAAAAUCAACGGGACUUGGACACUGACGCCAAAUCGAAUUACUCACUGGCAAAUAACGGAAAUGUGCCUGAGAACAAUGGGAAUAUCAGUGAUUCGUCGAUAUACGUAGAAAAUGCUAGCAUAAAUACAGAGAGAACCAAUCCUAUAAUUAAUGCUGUUGGCAUUGCUUGUGGAUAUGAUUAUACAGUCACGAUACAACCAGGAGGUACGGUAUUAGCUUGGGGCAAUAACAGUAGAGCGCAAUUGGGUCGCAUUCCUGCGAAAGAUGCACGAGAUGCCGAUGAUAAACUCGUAUUACUGAAAUCAUCGAAGCGAAUAGUACGACUCCCUAAUGCGUUGCACGUAGCUUUGGACAUUCCUAGUCAAGUACCUGGUAUUUCUACACCAGUGAUAUCUUAUCGAUCUAAUGAUGUGUUUUCUCUCGCUGGACUUGUCUAUCCUUUAAGCGUUAUCGAAAAAUCACCUGGGGAAUUAACACUUCAUUACGUUCUGGAAUAUUUCUACAGUUUAUAUGACUCCGCCAAUAUUAUGAAAAAGUGUAUCGAAUUAGAGAAUUAUCAAGCUUGUUCUAAAAUAGCAGCAUUAGAAAAUAAUGUUUUGGCUGCUUUCACUUAUCAGUUGAAGAUGUUACAUAAAUUGAGUCUUCAAUCCAAAAAUUAUUCGGAAAUUUCACAUGAAACAACAGAAUCCACAAUCCAGAUUAGUUCACAAAAUUACGUAGAUGUGAUGAGAGAUUCUAUGUCGUCCCAAAAUAUCAAGAAAAAUACUGAAUUAUUUAAUACACAAGCGGAGAAGAAUCUCAUAGAAUCCUUGGAAAACAGCGUUGCUCAAAGCUGGACGAAAAUUUCCACAAGUAGAUCAUUGAAUAAUUUGCAAACACUAGCACAAGAAUUAAAUUCUUUCGACUGUCAAGGUGGUUUAGAAGAAUUAUACAAAACUCGAAAAAAGGACAAUUCCUCAAACAUUAAUGUAGAUCAUUCCAACGCCGAAUAUAACGAACAGAAAUGGAUUAAGGAUUUUAUUUUUAAUGAAAACAAUUUGUUUCUGCAACAUAAAAACGUCACUUGUAAUUCUAUGCAAAAUACAACUCGAUCGAGCUACACGAAAUCAACGUUAAUUGUCCAUGACAAUCGGUGCGACGAAAAUAAAGAGAAAACUAUAUUGUCGGACAAAAUGUCCUCUCAUUCUCAAAAGAAUUACAUAAUUAACGAAACAAUAAAAGCAUUAAGGUUUUAUUUGAAAAGUAUCAAUAAUGAAUCAAAUACUGUGAAAUGUGAAAUAUUGCAAAGUGCAAUUGGUUUUUGGAUUGAGCACAAAUUACCGAUACAGUGUUUGGAGAAUAUUUUUCUCGAACAUAUACAUAUCGUUUAUUACCCUCUUGGAUUAUUACUUUUUUGUCAGGAUGUGAUAGAAAGAUAUUUAAAUAUAAGUAAGUACGGCGACGAAGAAAAGGACUGGUGCGCGAAUAAUUUAUUCUCGAUUAAAUUCUGUCUUCAAGUAUUAUCAAUGUUAAUGCAACAUAUCGAUGAAGAUGACAUUAUGCCGGAAUAUAUUAAAAUUUUUUCCUCUUUAACGGCGGACAGUUAUGGAGCACCUUUAAACGGAUAUCCAGGUACAAAUGAAAAUAAUAAUCCAGAAGAAAUGAUGGAAGGAACCGUCAAUACGAUACUUUCCGAAAUGGAAGAUUCCAAAUUAUUUGCACAUGUCAAGGACUCGGAUGCUGUAAAUCACUUACUUACAACGGAAGAAGAUAAUAUGAUAUUUACUUGCGGACAUCACUUUCCAAUCUCUCAAUACCAAGCAGACAUUAUCCCGUCGUUGGAAACAGAAUUACUAACAUCUUCAUCUUUGAUUCUUCCAUGUACGUCGCAAUAUUUAGGAAAUAUGUUAUCUCGCACACCUGAACCAGAAAUUCUGUGUCCUUUGUGUAUAAUUGGAGCAUUAAGAGCAACAACGGCAAAGGAUUACGAUUAAAGGUAUGUUAAUCCUU